AUGACUGGGGUGAAAAUCGACGAACGCUCGAUUUCAAGGACGUUUUUCGAAAAACUGCUUGACGUACUUUUAUGUAGAGGUGAUCUGUCGACAGAGAAGUUGGAGCGAAAGCCAGUGCCCGUUGCAGAACUGUUCCGAUAUGCCUCUCGAAAGGACUGUUACUAUGUAGCUGCUGGCUUCGUACUUGCAGUCGUAGUCGGAGCAAUCCUGCCGUUGACGUGCAUCUUUGGAGGGCUUUACGUUAACAUCUAUCUGAUGAACACCGAUAAUUAUUUUCUCGCGUUGGCUAGUCAUAAUAUUGUUGGGCGUAUACGCAAGGAAUUCGUGAAAGCAGUAUUGGCACAGAACGCCACAUGGUUUGACGAAAACAACGCAGGGACGAUCACCACGAAGCUGAACGAGUACGUGGAAAAGAACAUAGCUCAAAUUGAAGAAGGAAUCAGUGACAAGAUUGGAAUGCUAACAAGAGGAAUGACAGUGUUCAUCGCCAGCGCCGCUUUUGCUUUUUACUACGACUGGCGUAUUACUCUGGUGUGCAUUUGGGACGGACCUGUAAACGCCAUAACUAUGGCUAUCAUGUCAAGGGUAAGCGAAGAUCUGGAAGACGUUCUGAAUUCUGAAGACAAAAGGAUACGCAUUUGUCGGAUUUCCUCUGUCGGACUGUUCCAGCUCUCUUCACCCUCAAUGCAGGGUAUGAUGUCAGUUUCCGGCGAAGCUGGUGCAAUAGCUGAAGAAGCCAUCAUGAACGUCAAAACAGUCGCAGCUUGCAACGGACAAAAGCAUAUGGUUGAAAAAUAUGAGAAGCAACUGAGGCGAGGAGUAUCAUUUGCUAUUCGAUAUAGCUUCAUCAACGGAUUCUGCGAAGGAUUCAUGUUCUUUCAGAUGUAUAUUUUCUACGCAGCUGCUUUCCUAUAUGGUAUUCUAAGCUAUUAUAAUGGCAUCACUGCCGAGCCUGGAACGAUAUUCAUUGUGGCUUCUACAGUUUUGUUAGGUGAGGUUAGCAAAAGUGAAGGAAAUUCCUACCAGAAACUACCAAAUCCCCGUAUCGUACCCAUUCGCCUUUUAGGCUCCUACUUUUUCGGACUACUCGGCCCCCAUAUGAUGGCCAUUAUAAAGGCGAGAAUAGCUGCAGCCAUCAUUUAUGAAACGAUUGACCAACUUCGACUGGAGCUCGGAAAAAAUUUCAUGUUUGCGCAGCAAGCUCAGGAUCUUGUGGUCAUCAUCGAUGUUUUCCAGGCUCAGGAAGUCGUUUCCAAGGCAGGAAAAGGAUUAAAGGCGUGCAAAGGUCGAUUGGAAUUCAGAGACGUUUAUUUCAAAUAUCCAACCAGAGAAACACCCAUACUGCAAGGUCUCAGUUGGGUAGCUGAACCUGGAGAGACGAUCGCGUUCGUAGGUAAAAGCGGCAGUGGCAAAAGCACCAGUAUCGGCCUAUUGACUCGACUUUACGACUGUGACAGAGGAUCAGCUCUCCUUGAUGGUCAGGAGAUUCGAUCGAUUAAAACGAGUGAUCUGAGAAAGAUGAUCGGCAUUGUCCAGCAAGAGCCUUGUCUUUUCAAAGGCACAAUUCGCGAGAACAUAGUGCUUGGCCGGUCAAUCACCGACGAACAAGCCGAAGAAGCUGCUCGGAUAGCGAAUGCUCACGAUUUCAUCAUGAAACUGGACAAAGGCUACGACACUAUAAUUGGAUCUGGAGGAGUCUCACUUUCGGGAGGACAGAAGCAGAGGAUUGCCAUCGCUCGAGCGGUGGCAACUCAGCCAAAAAUUCUGCUCUUGGACGAGGCCACCAGUGCAUUGGACUCUGAAAGCGAGAAUGUGGUGCAGCUUGCCCUGAACAAGGCUUCUCGUGGUCGCACAACGAUAGUGAUUGCUCAUCGCUUGAGCACGUUGAAGGAAGUCCAGCGAAUUUAUGCCAUUCAAGACGGGAAAGUAAUGGAAGCAGAGACUGUUUUAAUACUCGACCUCGUCCCAGCUCUCUAUCACAUGAAUAGACGUGGGACCGCAUUUUUGAUUCGUGCGACUUCGGAAAAAAAUCUACACCACGAUCUCCGAGCAUCAUACUCGCUGCUGAGUACAACUUUUCUCAGGUCGGCAGCGAGUGCAAGCUAUGCUGGAUGGGCUGUAAUAUUUGCAUCAGCAGCUCUGGGUGAUUUCGUUCGAUCACAUUUUGCUGUUCAAUCUUUGUAUGCCCUCAUCGACAGCUAUGAGAAGUCGGAAGGCGAGGCAACACCUGAACUCAAAGGAUCCAUCAAAGUUGAAAAUGUGACCUUCAGUUACCCAUCACGGCCAGAUGUGAAGGUUGCCCAGAAUCUGAAUCUCAUGGCACGCAGUGGUCAGACCAUAGCCCUUGUAGGAGCGUCAGGCUGUGGGAAGAGUACCGUAAUCCAGCUUCUGGAGAGAUUUUACGAACCGGACAGUGGAAUUAUUAAAAUUGACAACCACGAGCUGAAGCAGAUGUGUCGCGUGCACCUUCGGAACAACAUCGCCCUCGUAGGACAGGAACCGAUACUUUUUAAGGGGUCAAUCAUUGAAAACAUUACGCUGGGACUGGAAGAUUUCAGUGUAGCCGAGGUACAGGAGGCGUGCAGGCAAGCGAAUGCGGCCAACUUUAUUGAAGCCUUCCCUCAGGGGUACGAAACUGAUGUUGGCGAGAAGGGAGGCAGUCUAUCAGGUGGUCAGAAGCAACGUAUCGCCAUAGCCAGAGCUUUGAUUCGCAAACCUAAAGUCAUACUGCUAGAUGAGGCUACUAGUGCACUUGACACCGAAAGCGAAAAGGUAGUCCAAAUCGCGUUAAACGAAGCAAGUCGUGGCAGGACGUCGAUAACAAUAGCACAUAGAUUGAGUACCGUCAGAGACGUUGAUAGGAUUUACUACAUUGAAAAUGGUGCCGUUGUGGAGUAUGGAACGCAUGAGGAGCUCAUUGAAGCGGACGGCAAAUAUGCCCUGCUGGUGAAGGCACAACAACUUGCCAAAACGGAUUAA